GUAUUCACUCAAGAGGUUUAUAAAAAUAAACUUUCUUAUUAGGCCUAUACAGUGGUUAUUCAACUGAAAUUUGAUUGCACUGUUGCAUAACAUUCAUAGAAAUUUCCAGUGAUUAAUAAAAUAUUUGAUAGUAUUCAGUAUUUAAAUUUAUUAAAGACAAGAGUUACAAUUUGGCCUUUUAACUUCAAGAAACUAAAGAACUUAAAAUGGUUGUGUAUGAUGUAUUUAGUGAUUGUAUAACUUAUAAGUAUAAAGCCUACUUUUGUUCAAAAGCCUCAUUAAUUUUGUUCAUAACAUCAGUACUAUCAGUUUUAUUUCCACUAAUAUUUACUUAUAGAAGUCAUGGCUUCUGGAUGAGAACUGACACUUACCAAGAACAACCACAAGUUUCUUACAAAUAUGACUACAUAUUAAUAGCUGAUACAGACAGCCGGGACAGCCUCAUAAUUUGUUCCAACCUUCCUUAUAUUUCAACCAACCAUUACUCCUGCCCUAUUGUUAAGGCUAUCGAAGAAGAUGUUAAUAGAGAUGGCUAUAACGAUGCGUUGCACUUCUCCAUAAAUUUGCUGUCAGAAGAUGUUACAGUUCAUGGGAUCACCCUCCUACUUUUCUUUGACUACAAGCUCACAAGCUACUGCCGAGUGCAGAUGGAGGUGAUGGCAGUAGUACAGCACAGUUCACCACUAGCCGGGGCAGGUCUGAUCGUGUCAGCAGAUCUGAGUCUGGUACAACGGCAGCCACUCAAUCCACGGCACACCCACACCCAGUACAACAUCUCCACUGUUCAGUCUACGGUACCAUUUUCUCUUCCUCAGCUGCUCUCUCAGUACUCCUUCAGAAACGUGAGUGCACGGUUGACAAACAUGUACGUUAGCUGGCAGACCAGGCCUGUGGCAGGUGAGCCGUUCACAGUAGACGCCACUGUUAUCUACACAGAAUCUACAGUACGCUACACACCCUCCCGUUGGCAACAGCUGCGACUGGGUUGGGUACAGUUCUUCCCUAUUCUGGUCAUCUCCAUCCUGGCCUUCCGAGCGGUCAAGAGCUUCAUCUUCUCCAACCAGUUGGUUCACACGUACCGUGAUGUACCGUGGAAACCACUUCGAUGAGAGUGUUGUUGGGUUGGUUCCAUGUUCAUAUCACCCAGCUAUAAAACUCCUCUGUGUUAUGGUUUGUAACAGACAUCAGCAAUUGUAGAAGUAAUUGAUGGAUUUAUUGAUCAAGGUGCCAAUCGUGACAUUUUCAACUGAGAUGGCUUAUCCUACAAUGUGAAUGACAUUAAUUUAUAUAGUACUGAAGUGUAUAAAACUGUAUUUUAUUAUAAUUAAUUAGAAAACCAAUGUGUAUGUCUACUUGAACUGUAUACUUUUACAACUUAACUAAAUUAAACUAUGUAGAUUAAGAUUAAAAUACUUCUUUUUUUAAAUACA